AAAGUUAUUAUCUUUGCUAGUAGUGGAACCUAAACUGACGUCAACUAUAAAUGAUUAAUUAUGUUCAUUGAAAACGUAACAACCGUUAUAUUUUCAUUAGGCUAUUUGGAUUACUGUACAGACCUACUUUCAGUAGGCGGUGUCAAAACCUGAAAACAUGAGGAUAUAUCCUGCUAUUUAUUCAUAGUUUAAACCAAGGAAUUGUUUUAUUCAUUAGAGUACGAAUUUAUAAUGCAGGAACUAUAGCAUUAUGCGUGCUAUUAAAAACUUUCGUUUGAUUUCAUGGAGUACUUCCUCAAGCUCUACUUAGUAACAUUAUAGCCGAGGGGGACACAAACCAAGAGCGAGAAACAAUAACCUGAUCCAACUUGAUAGCUUACGACGGAUGCACCACUAAACACAAAAUGAACAUGUCAAUAGUUACUGAGAAUGCAAAUGAAACCAGUCUAGUUUUUCAAGCUGGGACUGUGACUGGUACAGGAGACUGGUUAUUAAAUGUUACAACAACAGUAGACCCCGACAAACAUUUGGAAAUAGCUAAGCAUUUAACAGCAGACGACAAAAGUACUACAACAUUAUCAAACAUAGUAAAACAAAUUGUGUUACAGUCUACAACAGAAAUUGCUCAAAAUCUACAAGAUCUUACUACAAGAACAUUCGCUUUGGAGAAUUAUUCUCAACCGGAAGUGACGAUUAGAAAACCGGAAGUCUUAUCCGAAAGUGAUAGUUUUGGAACAGCAGAGAAAGUUGUGGUUGGUGCAGCUGUUAUUGUAGCGUGUUUAGCUUUGACUGGAAUAUUACUAAGACUUUUAGGGCCUUACUUUCGAUCUAAAAGUGCAAGUAAAGAUAACGAAGAGGAGAAAAUAAACCCACCUGAUUUAUUUAUAUCAAAAUUAAGUUACACCAACCUCGGUGCAGACAUUGAAUCACAGUCAAGCGGAACCGGAAACUCAUCAAGUCAAGAUUGCUCACAGUCCACCGGAAGUAGUCCCGUGACAGACUGGUCUGAAUUAUCUAAAAGUUCAACCGGAAGUCGAUCUUCUUCCGAGGACUCCGAAGAAAACAUGUCGGGAAAACAUAAAACAAACGUUAAAAAGUCUGGCAAAAUGCGUGGAGGGCAUUCGUCUACAUCUCUAUCUACCACAUGUAGCAUUGAGGACAGAAAUUCUGCAAAAGGUUCACCAGCUUUACGUAAGAAGCUCACAGAUGAACAAAUGUCAAUAAUAUCUACACAAUCGUUAGAACCUCUAAGAAUGGAGCAGCAAUAUAGAGACCGUUGGGACGACCAGUUUGAUCCCUGUGGCUCCCUACCAAGAGGAAAUCUCAGUUAUCACAGUCAUCCGUCGGAAAGCCGACUGAGUGUCAGUUCCAUGAGUUCCGGCGGUUCAUAUCCGACAUUCCCCAUACCAUCCAAAGAACUCGUACGACAAAUUCACAUGGACAAAGAGAGGAGAUAUCCAUCAAAUGCGCCGGCGGUAAAGAAGGAGAAACAUGUGCGGCUAUCACCACCUUACCGAUAAGCCACUGGCUGUACAUAAUCUGUGAAAUGCAUAAUAUUUUUCAUGCAUAAUUGACAGGCUGAAUGCUGUGCAUAUUCGUGAGUCAUGACAGCAGUAUAUGAACCCAAACUUUGAAGGUCAGACAAAAAGGAUAGAAACGAUCUUUUUUAUGCUUUAAAUAGCAUACAUAAAAAACCUAAGUGCAAUGUUUGUACAGUAUCAAUGAUUUUUUCUCUUACAUAUGUCGUUACAUGUUACAUUUUUAACUUUUUAUAAUUUAAUAAGAAAGUGACUACAAUUCCAGUUGUGUUUACUGUAAAAGCAGAAAUUUUCGCGAGGGUUUAACUUUCGCUAAAUUCGGGAAGCCCUACAUCUUCCGAAAAUUAAUACGCGUGUACAUAUUCACAUUUAGUAUAAUUCAAAUUCAAAUAUGAUACCAUUUUUACAAGUUCGCGAAUAUUUAACCUCGUGAACAUACUCAAAAUUUCAAAUUCGCGAAAUUUUGACCCUGCGAAAAUAUGUGCUUUUCCGCAAACCACAAAUUCAGACUUCAUAAACAAAAUAUAACAACAGUCUGCCAGUCUACACAAUGAGCGGUUCUCAUUUCUUCUGACAAAAAUUCGAAAAGAAGAGGACUUUGUAUUUGUGCAUAGAAGUGAGUCUUAUAUACCGUUUGUGUUCUCGUGUUCGUAAUUUGAAAAAAAUAUUGAUUGUCGUAUUAAACAAAUGUUAAAGAUUUUAAAGUAUUUCAUACAUCAUCAUUUAUGAGUAUAACACGGAGUUGUUUUCGAAAUUUCGAUUUUAGGAAGGGAACAAGGUGUUCAGAAAGUAAUUCUUGCAUAAAACCUUUGUUUUUUGCCGAUUUUGGGCAUGCACAAACAGGGAAAAAAACGUGUACAAACAAGGAGAUUCUCGUGAGCACGCGCUGUUGGUGAACGUUUUGAAUAUGCUGUUGUGGGUCCAACGUAAGCAAAUUAUGGAUCCCGAAUCAAUUUUGGCCGAAGUCGAAAGGUCCGAGAUUUAUGAAAUCUUUUCAUCUGCAUAUUUAUUAAAAAUAUCAUUUUUCAACCUAACUUUACUUUAACUUGUAAUAAGCGCUACCUCUCUUGAUACGCGACUGAAUUGACAUUCCUUAUUAUUGUAUUAUUACGCGUAUUAGACUCAAAGUAAGUUUACACGCCGCGAUUUAAUCCCUGAAAAUGAUAGGCAAACAACAAUUUACAAAAAUACCAUUUCGUUUUCCAAAUUAAUUUGAGUCGAGAAAGUUGACAUGCUAACUUUAAAUCUUACACUAAAACUUUUUAAAAUGUUUGUGUCUACUUUACACAUCUAUGCAGUCUACUGAUGCAGUGAUGGUGUGUAAUGUAAAGCAUAAACAUGACGAAGCGUAAAGUUUGAAGGAUUUUUCCACAGUUAAUGAACAUUUGAUGAACAGAAGGUAUUUAUUAUGUAUUUUUCAAUUUAUUUGUAGAUCUCACCAACCAUGUUUGAGUUUAUAAAUCUAAUCUAAGUUGAUUAUAUCGAUGUUGGAAAAAUUCAAAUUUUUGUGUUUAUGAAAAUUUAUCAAACUUUGAUCGCGAUGGGGUGGGGUGCAAAGCAAAAUUUUCUAGAUGCCGUGUAGGGUUAUGAAUAUGCCCUUUUCUCAUAAUUCCGAGCCUCUAAAGCUAAAGUUCCUACCGAUAUAUCGGAAAAAGGGGAAGUCAUGCUUAUUUUACAUAUAUUUAAUAUUAAAGAAAUUACCACAACAAGAAUGUCCGUUCGACAUGUAUAAAAUACGCACUGUUUCUGUAUGCCCUGGAAAUGCAUAAAUAAAACAUGUGUCCAAAACAACCUGAAACGGUCGACUUCGAUCGGCUAAUGUCAGCUGGAUAGUCUUGUUUUUUCGAUAUUUCCAGCACUUAAGUUGUGUUUUAUGCAAGAAUAGCGAUAACACAUGUUUGUUUCGUGAAACAACAUCUGCAGAAUCCCUCGGGCUAUGUUGGUGCACGAGCCCGUAGGGCUCGUGCACCAACCAAUCCCUUGGGAUUCUGCAGAUGUUGU